UAUACACGUUCCCUUCCAUCACACAGGAAUUUUUUAUUAUUUCCUAAAUAGCCCUUGCCAUUCUUCUUCCUUUAUUAAGCCCCUAGCUACAACACCCUACAAUAUCUUAUCUAGCCACACGGAAGUUGUUUCUCUGUUUUGGCUUGCUCCUCCAACUAUCACAAUUGGGCAUGGCAAGGAAAUGCUCCAGUUGUGGAAACAAUGGCCACAACUCUAGAACUUGUAGUGGUUACAGAGAUCAUGAGAACAGCAUUAGCAUAGGCAGCAACAGCAGCACAAGUACUAGUCGUGGUGGCUUGAGGCUGUUUGGGGUGCAGCUGCAGGUAGGCUCUUCUCCUCUGAAUAAGUGCUUCAGCAUGGAGUGCCUGUCACCAGCUACAUACUAUGGAGUUCCUGCUGCUGCUGCCGCCUCGAACAUGUCGCCUUCGGAGUCGUCGUCUUCGUCUUCGCUUGUCCCAAUAGAGGAGAGCGCCGAGAGGGUAUCCGGUGGGCAUAUGCUGGAUGGCCUCAUGGGCAGGGUUCCGGAGAGGAAGAAAGGAGUCCCAUGGACCGAGGAAGAGCAACGUAGAUUCCUCGCUGGCCUCGACAAGCUCGGGAAAGGCAACUGGCGAGGCAUUUCCCGACACUUCGUCACGACACGGACCCCGACGCAGGUAGCCAGCCAUGCCCAGAAGUACUUCCUGAGUCAGAAUAGCCUCACAAAGAAGAAGAGGAGGUCCACCCUCUUUGAUGCGGUUGGAGGUGCCAAAAAGGCAGCAAUGGCCAGGACAACAUCAGUAUCUGGACUGCAAUUCCCCAGCCUGCCGCUUGUUGUGGACGUAACGACGAAGGAGGAAGCUGUGCUGCUGCCUCCAUGCCUGAACCUGAUGAGCAGCACAUCUCCAUGUGGUGGUGGUGGUGAUGGUGAUGGUGCAUCACAGUUUCAAUCCCCUUCUUCCCUGAACCUGAUGGCAAAGCCUCAGGUGCAACUCCAGAUGCCUGAUCUGGAGCUGAAGAUGUCGACAUCCAAGUUAUCCAAUCAGCCCCGCCCAUCGCAGAGCACGCCUUUUUUCGGCACUAUCAGGGUUACCUGAUCGUCUUCAAUCUGUGUGCUCGUCAGAAAGAGGGGAAGGGACUAGAAAAAGAUGUGUAGAAGAUCAUGUAACACGAGCAGAAAGCAGCUUGUAAAGUUGUAAACUAGCCUGAUAAGCCAUGCACACUGAAAACAAAAAGAUAAGCCAUGCACACUGAAAACAAAAAAAAAACAAAAACAAAAAAAAGAGAGAAGAGAAAGAAUGGCUUAUAUAUAUCUUAUCAUAUUUUGCUAUCACCUUAGCUUUAUAUUGAAACAAAGGCAUGGCAAAGUGGUUGUUGAUUGUAUGUAUUUCUUUCAGAGCCUGCAGAAGUUGAAUGAUGAGCUCAUAAUAUUCAGUUGGCACCUGCAUUGGCCACUGAUAAGGACAGGAAAACCACCACCACUGCACACAAACAUGAUCAUGUCCUUGUAGAUUACCUUAGCCCUGAAUGCAUGGAGCCAAUUUGCAAGCCAUCUAAAUUUGUUCCACAUGUUCAUGUGAUGUUUACCAGUUGUGUAGUACCAAUAAAGAUCUAUCAAUCAUUGCUCUGCUUA